AAAAAAGCAUUCGCAAGGAAGCAAUAACACAGUAACUAACGCACGCCCGCCCGCCCUCCACCUUGGUUAAAAAUGGUCACAUUUUCUUCUACUUGUCCUGCUUCCAUUCUAAAUUGGAAGACCUGAAAUAAUACCCUCCUCUUCUCUGCUUCCAAUUCACCGGCCACCAUGCCAAUGGCCUCCUUUUCUCCUCUGUUUCUCCUCUGUUUUCUCUACUUCUUUUCUGCUGUCAAAUCCGACGAACUUCAAAUACUACUCAACCUCAAAACCUCCCUUCAAAACUCACAUACUAAUGUAUUCGAUUCCUGGGAUUCAACUAAUUUCAUCUGCGACUUCACUGGAAUUACUUGCACUUCAGAUAAUUCCGUCAAGGAAAUUGAACUUUCCAGUCGAAACUUAUCUGGAGUGCUUCCUCUUGAUAGAGUAUGCAAUCUUCAAUCUUUAGAGAAGCUUUCACUAGGCUUCAAUUCCUUAUCUGGUGUAAUCUCAGUUGACUUGAAUAAGUGUACGAAGUUACAAUAUCUAGACCUCGGCAACAAUCUUUUUAGCGGUCCAUUUCCAGAGUUUCCUGCUUUGAGUCAAUUACAGCAUCUUUUCUUGAACCAAAGUGGAUUCUCCGGUGUUUUUCCUUGGAAAUCGUUGGAUAAUAUCACGGAUCUUGUUACGCUGAGCGUGGGAGAUAAUCUUUUCGAUCCAACUCCAUUUCCGCCGCAAAUUGUAAAGCUAACCAAGUUGAAUUGGCUUUACUUAUCGAAUUGCAGCAUCAGCGGCACGAUUCCUCAAGGUAUAAGAAAUCUUUCUGAGCUGAUAAACUUUGAAGCUUCUGACAAUAACCUAUCCGGAGAGAUUCCUUCAGAAAUAGGAAUGCUCAAGAAUCUUUGGCAGCUGGAGCUCUAUAACAACAGCUUGACUGGUGAAUUACCUUUUGGACUUCGAAACCUGACAAAACUGGAGAACUUUGAUGCCUCCAUGAACAACCUAAAGGGCAAUUUAUCUGAAUUGAGAUUCCUGACUAAUCUCGUAUCUCUGCAGCUGUUCUAUAAUGGACUUUCUGGUGAGAUUCCGGCCGAAUUUGGCCUGUUCAAGAAACUGGUGAAUCUUUCUUUGUAUGGAAACAAGUUAACCGGCCCACUUCCUCAACAGAUUGGUUCUUGGGCUAAAUUUCAUUUCGUUGAUGUAUCUGAGAAUUUCUUGACGGGUACAAUUCCACCGAAUAUGUGCAAGCAAGGGACUAUGCAACAACUUCUCAUGCUCCAGAACAAUCUCACCGGCGAAAUUCCCGCUAGUUAUGCAAGUUGCAAGACGUUAAAGAGGUUCAGAGUUAGCAAAAACUCGCUUUCCGGCACCGUUCCUGCUGGAAUAUGGGGAUUGCCUGAUGUGAACAUAAUUGAUGUAGAAGAAAAUCAACUUGAAGGUCCGGUGACUCUUGAUAUUGGGAAUGCUAAAGCUCUUGGGCAGCUUUUCCUGGGAAACAAUCGCUUGUCAGGUGAAUUACCUGAGGAGAUUUCAGAAGCUACGUCGUUGGUUUCGAUAAAGUUAAAUGAUAAUCAGUUUUCAGGCAAGAUACCGCAGAACAUUGGCGAACUUAAGCACUUGAGUAGCCUUAAUUUGCAGAACAAUAUGUUCUCUGGUUCAAUACCAGAGUCAUUAGGCACUUGUGAUUCUCUUACUGAUAUAAACAUAGCUUAUAAUUCACUUUCUGGUGAAAUCCCAUCAUCAUUGGGAUCAUUACCAUCUCUAAAUUCUUUGAAUUUGUCGGAGAAUCAUCUUUCAGGUGAAAUUCCAGAUAGCUUGUCAUCUUUGAGGCUAAGCCUUCUUGAUCUAACCAACAAUAGGUUGACCGGUCGCAUACCGCAAUCUCUAUCAAUUGAAGCUUACAAUGGUAGCUUCGCAGGAAAUUCCGGUCUUUGCAGCCAAACUGUGAGCACUUUUCAGCGAUGCAAGCCUCAAUCUGGGAUGUCCAAAGAAGUCCGUACACUCAUCGCUUGCUUUAUCGUAGGUGCAGCGAUCUUGGUUAUGUCACUUGUAUACUCUUUGCAUUUAAAGAAGAAAGAAAAGGAUCAUGACCGUUCUCUGAAGGAAGAAUCUUGGGAUGUUAAGUCCUUUCAUGUGUUGACAUUCGGCGAGGAUGAGAUUCUUGAUUCCAUUAAAGAAGAGAAUGUAAUAGGAAAAGGAGGAUCCGGAAAUGUGUAUAGAGUAUCACUUGGCAAUGGUAAAGAACUUGCUGUGAAGCACAUUUGGAAUACAGAUUCUGGUGGCAGGAAAAAGAGCUGGAGCACGACACCAAUGCUUGCUAAAGGAAGAGGAAAGUCUAAAGAAUUUGAUGCUGAAGUACAGACGUUGAGCUCAAUAAGGCAUGUGAAUGUAGUGAAGCUGUACUGCAGCAUUACUAGUGAGGAUUCAAGCCUGUUGGUAUACGAGUAUAUGCCUAAUGGAAGUUUAUGGGACCGGCUGCAUACUUCAAAGAAAAUGGAACUUGACUGGGAGACUAGGUAUGAGAUUGCAGUGGGAGCAGCUAAGGGACUUGAGUAUCUGCAUCAUGGAUGCGACAGACCAAUUAUUCACAGGGAUGUGAAGUCUAGUAAUAUUUUGUUGGAUGAGCUGUUGAAGCCUAGGAUUGCUGAUUUUGGGCUGGCCAAAAUUAAAGCCGAUGGUGGUAAGGACUCCACACAAGUCAUUGCUGGUACUCAUGGUUACAUAGCUCCUGAAUAUGGGUACACAUACAAGGUCAAUGAGAAGAGUGACGUGUAUAGCUUUGGGGUGGUGCUAAUGGAGCUUGUCAGCGGAAAAAGGCCGAUAGAACCGGAGUACGGGGACAACAAAGACAUAGUGGAUUGGAUCUCCAGCAACUUGAAGAGUAAAGAGAGAGUGUUAAGUAUCGUUGACUCCAGAAUUCCUGAAGUUUUCAGGGAAGAUGCCGUUAAAGUUUUGAGAAUUGCAAUUCUUUGCACUGCAAGACUUCCAACGUUAAGACCCACCAUGAGAAGUGUUGUUCAAAUGUUAGAAGAUGCAGAACCAUGUAAGCUGGUCGGAAUUGUCAUUAGUAAAGAUGGCGCCAGCAAGAAAAAGGAAGCGACAGAUGAGGAGUAAGAUCAAUCCUGCAUGUAAUCGUUUCUUAGAAAGAUUCUCCAAAUUCUACUAGUCGGAACUUGUAGUAAUAGUGUAACAUAUUAGAGUUAAGAUAGCUUGUAACAUAUUAGCUAGAGUAUGCAAUUUCUAUGCUUAUAAGAAUGCAGAGAGCCAGUGGUCUCUCUUUUUUGUGUUUGUACAACUGAAGGAGAUGCCAAAUUUCAAUAAAAUUGAUGGGCCUUUUUGUUUCUCUCA